AUGACAAUUAGCCCAUCAAACGAUCCCAUUAUAAGUAUAUCUAUUGAACUUCUUCCAGAAUUUGGUUUUACAGUACAAGAUGAGCCAGUAUACGGACCUGGAUCUGUAUUCCAAGGUAUCGUUCAUCUCCGCAUGAAAGAAUCGCCUGUUGCAGCAGAUCGUAUAGUAAUUGCAUUUAAAGGAGCAGAAAAUGCUACGGCUGUCCAUGACGGAGUCAAAUUCUUAGUUCCCUUGUUAAAAAACCCAUUUUUCGGUAUGCAACAAACUCUUUGGCAGCGUACACGAGAGGACUGUUUAUUGACAGAAGACCACUAUCAAUUCCCUUUCACUAUCCAAAUGCCAAUGAUUCAGUUCCCGCCUUCCAUGAGCCACGCUUUAUAUCAGUGCAAGUUUGAUUUAUCAGCAAAACUCAUUCGUACCACGUUCACGUUACCUACCGUAGUCUCACACAGAUCCAUCAACUACAUGCCUUUUAUCGAAACUACGCUUUUGAAGCAACCGAUUAUCGAAUUGGGUUCUGAUAGCGGAUUGGAUGCAUCCGUUAGACUUCAUUCGUUAGCUUAUGUACCAGGUGACAGCAUUCCCAUCACGAUUGUGGCCUCGCGUCGUCACACGCACAGCAAUAGUAGCAGCAAGCAAAAGGAAGACCAACCUGCUGAAGUGAACUCUAUCCUACUUGAGCUCUGUGAAACCGUAGCUCUCGUUCAAAGCAGAGCUGUGACCAUGACAAAAGUGGUUGCCUCUCACCUGUACAAACCCAAUGCCAAGGGAUACAAAUAUGCGCUUGUGAAGACAGCCAACGGUACUGGCGCUGAGUAUCAAGUGAGCUUACCAUUACCUGUCGAUCUAACUCCUUCCAUCAAUUACUCGAAAAUCGUCAAGGUCUCUUAUACCCUUCGUGUCAAGAUCAAGAGUAAUCACAGUGGAUUUUUGAUUGGAUCUAUUUGGAACUCCAAUGUCGAUAUGGAAAUGCCAUUAAUGAUUGGCACAUUAGGAUACGGUAUUCGUGCUUCUCAAGAUUUGCAGGUGUACUAUGUAGAUACAGAAGAUUCACCAAGGUUUUUACGGUCCUUGGAAUACGAGGAAUCUUUGCCACUUUACGAAUCGGCUAAAUUACCUUCUUAUCGUGACACGGAUGCUCAUACAUUGAUAGAAACCCCAAAAUUUUACUGCUUAAACACUUAG